CUUAAAAUAACAAAAAAUAAAAAACGUCACAAAUCUACCGUUAUAAUAUACGAAAGAGAAUAUAUAUAUAUUCAUCAUCAGAUAACUAGUUAUCUUGUUAAACAACGUGCCCGCGUUUGUUAUCAAAGAUAAGUCAGUAAGUUUCUACUCUCUAGAGAGUAACCGCUCCCAUUGAAUUGAAUUUUUAGUGGGAAAUUGAGAAUAAAAUUUUUCUUAUAUUUUUUUUUUUGAUGAAAAAUGACAAAUAUUCAAUAAUUGUGCGGAUAAAAAAUUGAAAUAACACAAAUUUUUAAUACCAAAUGAACUCUAAAGAUGAUUGUUAUCUUUAUCAAAGUAUUAAUAUGUUGGAAGUGAUUUUUCAUGAAAAAAGUUUUAUGGGUGAUACAAUAAUUUUUUUAAAAUGGAAUUAUUACAAAAAAUUGUGUAUUCAAGAACAAUUUUUAAAAUUAGAAAAAUAUAUUUUUUUUUAUUGUGUUUGAUAUUAUUAUUUUUAAUGAUUGAUGCCGAAAAAUUGUGUCCACAAAAAUGCUCGUGUCAUUUGGAUCAAAAUCCACGUAUUAUAAUUUGUUCCGGUCAACAAUUAUUAGAAUUUCCUAAAAAUUUGAGUGAUUUGGUAGAAGAUUUGGAUGUUUCACGAAAUAAUAUAUCUGAAAUUUCAAAUGAUAUAAAUCGCUUAAAAGAAUUGGAUGAAUUAAAUUUAGAAAAAAAUAGACUGACUUCAUUGCCUGAUAAUUUAAAUGGACUUCAAAAACUUCAAAAAUUACGUUUAAAUGGAAAUAAUAUUUUAACAACCAAUGCAAUUGCUUCAUUGAGUCAAUUAAAUUUAUUGAAAGUUUUAUAUUUUUCUAAUAAUCCAAUAUCAAAUUUAAGUGGAUUGGAGAUUCCAAAUCUUCAAGUUCUUGACGCCAGUCAUUGUGAAUUCAAAGAAUUUGGAAACAAUUAUUUGAAUGGACUUAAAAAUUUAAGAAUGUUGAGUUUAGCUGAAAAUCCAUUGACAAAUAUUGAUAAUCCAAUAAGUGAAAAUCUUGCAUGGUUAAAUCUUUCGUAUUGUGAUUUAAAUUUUUUACAAUCAGACACUUUCAAAGGUCUUCCAAAUCUUGUGGAAUUAAUUUUAAAAGACAACAAGCAUUUAACAUUCAGUACCAGAAAAGAGGCACUACGUCAUAAAAAUUUAAAACGAUUAGAUGUGAGUAAUUGCAAUUUGGAUAGACCUGGAAUUCAUCAACUUCCAUUUCUCACUCAAGUGAAACUUUCUCACAAUGGAAUUCAUUUGCUUCCCGAUCGAAUAUUUGCUAAAAAUCGUGCACUCACACAUCUUUAUCUCGAUUAUAAUCGUAUUGUUUAUUUAAAUAAAAGUUCAUUUAUUGGUUUAAUGAAUUUACGUGUACUCGAUUUAUCUGGCAAUCAAUUGGAACAAAUUCAUUGGUCAUUAUUUCGUGAUAGUAUUGUAUUAAAUAUAUUAAAUUUAUCAUCGAAUAAUAUUAGAGAUAUUGGAAAUUUAACAACAUCAGCGUUAACAAUUGAUUUUUCUUCAAAUCUUAUUUCAAAAAUUGUCACCAAUUCAUUGAUAAAUAUGCCAAAAAUAAGAACAUUAAAUUUAAGUGAUAAUAUUAUUGAAACUAUUUUUCAUUUAGAAUCAAUGAGUUUGAGAAUAUUGGAAUUAAAACGUAAUCGUUUAGUAGAACUUACUGCACAAAUAUUUAAAGGAUUGCCAGAUAUUGUGAAAAUUGAUCUAUCUGGCAAUCGACUGACAGAGGGUCCUAAUCCUCUAAUUUUUGCCAAUAAUCCCGAAUUGAAAAUAAUUCAACUCGAGGAUAAUCCAUGGCGAUGUGAUUGUUCACAAUUGCAUCCAAUUUAUAAUUUUCUAAUUCAAUUGCCAGUGAAAACAGAAAUGGAAUAUCUAAUUUGUCAAAGUCCAACAAAUGUCUCUGGAUACACUUGGGAAACUGGUUGUUACGAUCAAUGGUUCGAUCCACCUUAUACUCCAAAAAAUAAAACUUGGGGUUUAGUGGCAAUUAGUAUAUUAACUCUAAUUAUUGCCGGUGGUACAAUAAUGUCAAUAAAACAUGCAAUGAAAACAAAAAGAAUUGCCCGUAAUCAACGUCAACAAUUAGAAAGAGCCGAAGCUAGAGAAAGAUUAAGAUUACUUCAAAGAAGAAAUAUUUUUUUCAGAAACGAACGACUCGAGGAAGAAUUAAGGGGUCAAUCAUCAGAGCCAAGAAUUCAUCCAAUGGAAUUAAUUGGUCCACCAAGCUAUGAGGAAGCUGUUCAAAUGCCACGUAUUGCACAAUCAUUGGACAGGCUUGAUGUUGCAAUAACGGAAAAUACAACGCGAAUUUUAGGAUCAGUUGAUAAUUUAAGAGUGAAAAAACGUCGUACAAAACGUAUCACAAGAAAACGAACAGUGAGCGAAGAUAAUUUAGCAAGAAGAGAAGAACGUCGCGUGGAAAGAAUACGUCGUAAUGCAUCGCGAACAACAAUAACAAGUAUACCAUCAAUACAACAUCAAUCAAGUAAUAAUUUGGAAAUAUCAUUAAAAAUAAAAACAGAUUCCGAUCAAAGGGAAAGUGAUUCGACAAAAAUACAAACACGACCACCAACGCCAAUGAGUAAAAAGAAGAAGAGAAUUGUUUUAUCAAAAGCAGGUACAUCAACAGAUGAUGAAGAUUCAGAUUUUCAAAAUACUCAUCAACGAAGCCGAAGAAGUUGCAUCAUUAAAAGUACAAUUAAUCUUCCAAAUUUAUCUCGCGAACCUCGAAGUGGUUUUAGGCCAUCUUCAACGACUGAUAAUAAUAAUGCGAGUCCAUGAAUAUAUUUCAUUGGGAAAUAUUUUCAAUGUGUGAGAAAAUUUUUUUACUCUUAGAUCAGUUAUUAAUAUAUAUAUAGGAGCAUUGUAAUUAUAUAAAUGUGUGUUUAGAAUUUAUAUCAUUUUUUGUUACGUUAAUAAAAUUCAAUUUACUGUAAA